UUUUUUUUUUUGCUCUCGCGAUAACUCACGAGAUCUUUCUUUUCCUUUAGUCGCCAUUAUGGGUAAACCCAGGGGUUUAAGAACCGCCAGAAAACAGGUGAACCACAGACGUGACCAGAAAUGGCACGAUAACGACUAUAAGAAGGCCCAUUUACCCUCAAGAUGGGUCAAGCCCUUCCAGGGGUCCUCUCACGCCAAGGGAAUCGUCCUGGAAAAAGUUGGAGUUGAAGCCAAACAGCCAAACUCUGCUAUUAGGAAAUGCGUAAGAGUCCAGCUUAUUAAGAACGGAAAGAAAAUCACAGCUUUUGUACCCAACGACGGCUGUCUUAACUAUGUAGAGGAAAACGACGAAGUUUUGGUCGCUGGAUUCGGUAGAAAAGGUCACGCCGUAGGAGAUAUUCCCGGAGUCCGAUUUAAGAUCGUCAAAGUGGCUAACGUUUCACUGCUCGCUCUGUUCAAGGGGAAGAAAGAACGACCAAGGUCAUAAGAUGUAAUUAAUGUAAUAAAGACUUUCGAGGGAAA